AUGGGCACCGUCUCGUCCAUUCGCUUCAGACCGGAUCCAGAAAGCGGCUCCUCGAAACGCCAGAGGCCACAGAAGGUGAAAGGUUGCAGGGGUCGGUACGGCUGGGGGGACGCCAGGAGCGGAAGAGGCUCCAGUUGUCGGGAAUCGGAUCCGAGCCGUCCAGCUGCAGGCAGGCAAUCCCUAGAUUCUGAUUCCCACGCUGUACUUUCUGCUAACUACAACUUAAACAAAGAGAAUCCAGAUGGACAGUUGGAUGAGGACAUCAAUACGGACAGCAAAUCUCUUCGGGAUUUUGGCACUGCAUUUGGAACUAAUGACACUGGAAAACCCUCAGUCAGAAUUUUCACCAUGGAAACAUCGCCUGCAGAGAUGAAGGAAUUUGACAACAGCUCUCUUGAGUUCCUAAAACCAGACAAUCCUGAGAAAAUGUGGAUUCGCUUGCAGGGAAUACAGAAAUACAAAAGCACAUCACAAAGAUUAAGAUGUCUUGUGAAACAACUAGAGAAAGGUGAGAUUAAUGUGACCGAUUUAAAGAAAAAUAUCGAAUAUGCAGCCUCUGUGUUGGAAGCAGUUUACAUUGAUGAGACAAGACGGCUCUUGGACACUGAGGACGAACUCGGCGAUAUCCAAUCAGAUUCCGUUCCAUCGGAGGUCCGAGACUGGUUGGCAUCCACCUUCACAAGGAAGAUGGGGGUGAUGAGGAAAAGGCCAGCAGAAAAGCCCAGAUUUCGCAGCAUUGUUCAUGCUGUUCAAGCUGGCAUUUUUGUUGAGAGGAUGUACCGAAGAACAUCAAACAUGACUGGACUGACUUAUCCAGCAGCAGUGAUAUCUGCUUUAAAGAAUGUUGAUAAAUGGUCAUUUAAUGUAUUCGCCCUCAAUGAAGCCAGUGGGGACCAUGCUCUGAAGUUCAUGGUGCAUGAGUUGUUCACCCGAUAUGAUCUUAUCAAUCGCUUCAGGAUACCUGUAUCUUCUCUAAUGACUUUUGUUGAAGCCCUUGAGGUGGGUUAUAGCAAGUACAAGAAUCCUUACCAUAACUUAAUCCAUGCGGCAGAUGUGGCCCAAACAGUGCAUUACCUAAUGCUCCACACUGGCAUUAUGCACUGGUUUACAGAACUGGAAAUUCUAGCCAUGCUUUUUGCAGCUGCCAUUCAUGACUAUGAGCAUACGGGAACCACAAAUAACUUUCACAUUCAAACCAGAUCAGGUGUGGCUAUUUUAUACAAUGACCGUUCUGUUCUUGAAAACUAUCAUGUGAGUGCUGCCUACCGACUAAUGCAAGAUGAAGAAAUGAAUAUUAUGUGCAAUUUAUCUAAAGAUGACUGGCGGGAGCUGCGUUCAUUGGUGAUAGAGAUGGUUUUAUCGACUGACAUGUCUUGUCAUUUUCAACAAAUCAAGACCAUGAAAAACACUUUACAGCAGCCUGAAGGGGCUGACAAAGCUAAAGUCAUGUCGCUAAUGCUGCAUGCAGCAGAUAUAAGUCAUCCUGCAAAAACCUGGCAACAGCACUACCGCUGGACAAUGACACUGAUGGAAGAAUUCUUUAGACAGGGUGAUAGUGAGGCUGAUUUAGGAUUGCCCUUUUCCCCACUAUGUGAUCGAAAAUCCACAAUGGUGGCACAGUCUCAGAUUGGUUUUAUUGAUUUUAUUGUGGAGCCAACCUUCUCUGUUCUGACAGAUGUAGCAGAAAAAAUAAUAGCUCCUCUUAUAGAGGAAGCUUCUCAAUCCGAGACCUCUGAUUAUCGACAACAAAGUCUUACCAGUAUUGGAGUGGGAGCCACUACAGAUUCAACCAGAAGACACAGUGUAAGGAGUGUACCAUCGGAUGGAGGUUGUUCCACAGAAUAUUCCAUUUCUACUGUGGACCUAAAAUGCUUUAAGUUGAACUGGAUGGACAUCAUUCAGCAAAACAAAGAAAAAUGGAAAGAGCUGGCAAUUCAAGAAGAGAAAACAAGGCAAAAUACAGAGGAAAACCAGACAGACGACGAUAGUAUUCAGGACCCUCUUGUAACAAUGGGUGAUAAGAUUAAUAAAGAACAUGAUGAACAGUUCUUGGAAAAAAACACUUCUCCAUCUAAGGUACCUGUCAACCAGCAUUCAACAGGCCGGCCAGCUGCCAGUAAUCCUUCUCUGCAAAAACAUCUUCACACUGUCAGCUCUGAUUCCGCUAUUUGGGGAAAUGAUUCUAACCGAGCAGAGACUCUAAUUCAACAGAGAACACCAUGGAAUGGGGAGACGGAACACUUUAAGGACUCAGAAGAUUCAAUGAAAAAUAGCAAAGGUUUACUGGAGCAAAAGGCUGCUUUUAUACACAACUAGUUCAGAAAAACUUCCGAGGAUACAGCCCUACAUGGAUACUGAGUGUGAUGGAUCAUGACAUGAUGCUGGAAUGAUUCGAAAUUGAUUACUGCACCAUCACCAAGCAUCCCUCCAACCCUGCUGGUCUGAGACUUCAAGCAACAUGAACACAAUUGCAUGACUCUGCCCUUCUUUAAAAUAAAGAUCAGGAGAAAUGACUUGUUUCAUCUUUCUCUGGGCUAUGUACUCUAACAACUUCCUCUUCAAUAAUGUUGCCACUUGACUACAAUUGUUCAUUUUACAAGACCGACCAUCUGGCUGCAGGUUAUUUGAGCCCGGACUGUAACCCUGAUAGAAGUGCUUUUGGUAAUGGUACUUCCACAACCUAAAAGAUUCAGCUCAACACAGCUUAACAUUUGAAUAAUGUGACUAAUUUCCCUAUCAUUAUAUCUUCUUGACUACAACAGUAAACAACAUACAAACAGCACUGUGAUAGCAGACAAGCAUGUUUACAGUCUCAGGAAACACAGUGAAUGUUUAGACUUUAGUUCAAUGUCAGUUUUAUUCUCAGAUGAAACACUCAGCUCUGGAAAGAAAUAUUUAGUGUAAGCCCUAACAUUGGAGCUGUGUUGGUAUAAAAACUCAUUUGUCUGGUUACUUAUUAAUAUCAGCACCAUAUAAAACAACUGCAAUGUUACACCGAGACUACCCUUGUAUUUAUCUCUCUGCUCCUAGGCAGUUGGGCACCAAUAUCACAUAGACAGGCAAAUUCUGAGAUCAAAGGUGGAGCAAAGAUCAUCACUACAAAGUUAGGUUAGCAGUAUUAUAAGCCAUGAUGGAUGUAGGGUAAUCUCACCUCAUAUUUAGAAAUACAGUACACUUUUGAUGUAAGAGUAAAAAAGGGCCUUUAUGGUAAAUUAUUCAUAAAACAUCAAAGGAAAUUUAGGUGUUUAUGCAGUAAUCUAUUACUGCUGUAUUUUCUGAAAUGAGAAUGCAUGCAAGGAAUAAGUCCACUGGGGCAAUGCUCACAGAAAUUACACUGGCUACUGAUGCCCUUGAAAUGGGGCAACAAAGUUAGAGUGGUCGUCUGUGCACAAUCCCGAGAUUAGGGCAAAGAGAUCUCCUGGUCCCUGAUUCUGUACAUAUCAGGGUGAAAUGGAAACAAUGCUGCCACAUUGUUAGCACAGAUCAAAAAGGAAAUGACUUUCAGGAUUUUCCAAUUAUUAAUCUUAAUUUAGACACUGUUCCACUGUUGCAUCUUUCAAAUUGUGAGCCAGCUAUUAAGCAGGAUUUUACAGACCCCACUCGCAAAUUGGAAGGCGAAGAGAUGUAUAAAAUAAAGUGGCCAUCACACCACCCUCCCGUCCAUGUUGACCUGACCCCCUCAUCGUACUGCUGGAAGGUAAGACAACAGGCAGCCCAUUCGUAGACUGCAGAAAUGCUAAAGUGGACAUUUAACUGCAAAUUAAGGGCCUCAUUUCACCUCCACGGCACUUUUUCAGCCUGCGCUGGUGAUUUUUAGUUAGGCAAGAAUGAAGGAGAGGGAGAUCCUCUGUGCGUUCCCUUGUGCCUAUCAGGGGUAACCCUUCAGGAUGGGUGCUACCCCUCCCCUCACGCUUCAAUUUGUGCCUCCUCUCUGGCCUCUCUGAAAAAAUGUCUGGUCUGCUUUUCCCUACCCUCGUUGGAUCUGAAAACUGUGUCAUCCAGCUUCCACUUUUUCCUUCUAGUAGGGUCUGGCAGUAGCUAAUGCCACCUUCUGAUGUCGUUGUGAAUACAGAGCUGUCAGCCAACCAAAUUGGCCACUCUUCUCUCAGACAGAAUGUCCUCUCUGAUGUGGGGAGAAUGACACUCUCCCAGCAUCACAUCAGGGUGGGGCAGCCAGAUUUCAGUUGGCAACGUGCUAGGGAGCGUUUGUUGAUCAUCUAUCCUCUGUAAAAUCCACCCCAUUGCAUCUAUUGAAGCAUAGUCCAUGUAAACUGACUGCGUGUUUUUCUGAUUUAAACUAAAUGCUGCACUGAAUGAGAUUAGACCUUAUAUGAUAAUAUUCAUUCAUAGAGUAUUGGUAUUGAAAUCUCAUUAAUCACUCCUCUAUUAUUUCUACUUGAGAGCAAGGUUAGUUUAUAUAGAUAUAUAUAUAUACAUACAUAUAUAGAGGCGCAUUGGGAAUGAAUUUUCGUGAGUGUUCACCAACUCAUCCGUUGUACUUCCUGUGGAUAAACCCUGAGAAAAUAAUGUUUAGAGUUUUUAUGUUCUUUUCUGCUUUUUCCAUAAUUCUUUUACAAAAGAUGUGGUGGACAAACAGGAAUGUCCCUCAUGCUAACUGACCACUAAUAUUUCAAAUUUGGUACCCCUAGAACGUUGUCUUCAUGCAUCCAUGAAUGUUUUCAUUUUUAAUGCUGAUUAUUAUAACUUUUUAAAUAUUGUGAAGGUCAUACAAGUAAAAUAUAAAGUUAUAUCUACAGAAUUUUCUUGAUAAACUAAUAAAUACAAAGUACAGCUAUUCAUUGGAUUUUCAAAUAAGUUUCUUUUGAAAUGCUCGAAUUCAAUAUCCUCUAAAAAGCUGUUCAGAAAUACUGACCCGGAUUUUGUGGUCAGUGGCAUUUUGUUCACCAUUGAACUCAAAGAAAAUUGCCCACAAGAUGGUGUGAUCUCUGUGGUUUAGAUUACACCUUAAGCAAUGUUAAUCUGAUCUAGACUCAACUAUACAGGAUCUUUAGCAUUGAGCACCAAAUCAUGUCAUUGAGCAGAUUAGACAGUCAAUCGUGUCUUUUUAACUUUAUUUGUUGCUGGCUAGGCCAAAAAUGUGUUGCACUUGCUUGAUUGUCCUUGCGAUGUUAACAUUGAGUUCCUGCUGUUCCUAUGGUAUACCCUCGCAGUAUGUUAGGGAGGGGAUCCCUAGUGACAUUGAAGGAGUAGCAAUGUGGUUUCAAAUCAGAAUGAUGUGUAGCUUGAAGAAGAAGUUGCAGGUCAUGAUGUUCCAAUGUAAGUGCUGGCCUGUCUUUCAAGCUGAUUAGGAGGGUGCUGUUGAACAAGCCUUGGAGCGUUGAUGCAAUGCACUUUGUGGAUAGUGUGCACUCCUGCCUCUCUUUGAUACAGAAUGAAUGACUAAGUAGCGGUAGUGGAGUACUGAUCAAGUUAACUGCCCUAUCCUGGGUGGGGCCUAGCGUCUUGAUUAUUGUUGUCAUAUUCCUGACUGGGUUCAUGUAGAGUCAGCAAUAGGUUACUUGCUCCCAGUCAUAUUUGCAUUCUUGUGGUCACAGUGUUUAUAUGUCUGGUCCAGUUCAGUUUUGGGUUAUUGUUUGCUCCCAAGAUACAAGGUGGAAGCUUUAGGGAUGUCCAACUUCCCCUAUCAUUGAAUCAAUGUUGAUCCCUUGAUUUGAUGGUAAUGGUAAAGGAGAGACAUUGCCAGGAUCAUGAAGCCACAGAUAGCGACUGAAUGACUGUUGAUAACACCUCAUGGAUGUUCAGUUUUGAAAUACAAGAAUGUUCUGAGAUUAUCCCAUUUAGUACAUUGAUAGUGCUACACAAUGCACUAGAGGGUGUUAUUGGUAUGAAGAUAGGAUUUGAUCUUCUCAAGGAACAUGUAAUAGCUGCUCCUACCAUUACUGUUCUGAACAAAUUUAUCUGCAGCAGAGAGUGUGGUGAGAAUGAGGUCAAACAUGGCGGUUAUUUCACCUUCUGCUAUAGGCCCAGUCAGGCAGAGAAGUCCUUCAGAAAUCAGCAGUUCAGUAAGUGGUAGUGCUACCAAGACACUCUUGUUGAUGGGUUUUGAAAUUCUCCAGUGAAAGUACUUUCUGUGCCCUUGUUACCCUCAGUCCUUCUUCCAAGUAGUGAUCAACACAGAAGAAUAUUGAUUCAUCAGCUGAGAGAAGAUGGGAACCGAUAAACAGCAGGAACUUUCUUCAGUCAUGUGUCACUUGAUGCCUAGAGACUUCAUGGGGUUCAGAGAUAAUUUUGACGGCCCCAAGGAUCACUCCUUCUCAAAUGUAUAACAUUGUGCUACUGUUUCUGGUGCGCCUGUCCAGUUAGAGGGGCAUGGCACACUCUACAUGGUGAUGGAGUAGCCUCAAACAUUCCAUACAAGUUAUGAUUUGGUGAAGAUUAUUGUCAGGUUGUCGUUUGAUCCCAUGAUAGUGAGGUGAGGUGAGGGGGUCAGUUAACCCAUUUUGUGACACAGCGUGAUACCAACAGUGUGGUUUCAAUUCCCACACUAGCUGAGGUCAUCAUGAAAGACUUUCCUUUGCAACUUCUCCCCUCACCUGAGGUGUGGUGACCCUUAGCUUAAGCCACCACCAGUCAUCCAUCUCUCUCUCUUGCUCUGACAGCCUUUGGUCCAGUUGGAUUAUGCUAAUUUUAUUAUUGGUGAGGAAAUUUUGUUAGUGCCACUGGGAGGUCGUGUCCUUUCUCACUUCCAGCGUCUAACUCAACGCAGGAUGUCCUGUUCGACAUUUGGUUUGAUAAGCCAGAUGACUAGUUAUACCAUUUCAGAAGGUGGUUAAAAGUUAACUGUAAUUCUGUGAGUCUGCAAUCACUUUGGACAGACUGGGUCAGGAGGGCAAAGUUUCGUCCCUGAAACUGUCAGGGAAUUAAAUGAGUUUUGACAAUGAUCUGUUUGUUUUGUGAUGACCAUUACUUAGGUGAACUUUCUAAUACCAAAUUUAUUAAUUAAAAUCCUUUAGCUGCAAUUUGGAUUUGAACUCAUUUCUCUGUAAUAUUAGGCUGAGGGUCUGACUUUUUAGUUUCACAACAUUAUUUCUGGGCUAGUUUCAUCCAGAAUUUCCCAAUUCUCACAGAGCAAACCAAGAAGUAAAAAAUACUGAUUAUCCUUCAUUUUGGAUACUUUUAUCAAGAACAAAAUAAAGAUUAGAAUGUACAGACAUGCUUAAGUUAGAGACUGAAGUAGCCUAAGAAUCUGUACCUAGGUGUCUUUGUACCUAAGAUGGCGCUGUAAGUGGCGAUUUGUAAACUUUUCACUGUACUCAUGUGAGUACAAGUGACAAUAAAUCCAAUCCAAUUCAAUUCAAUUAAUAUAUUAGAAGUGCAUGGAUAUUUGCAUCAGAAAAAUAUUUUGAUGUACCACAAGUAUGAAAUUAGGUUUUCAGGACCUGACAAAUUGUUUAAUUGUAAUUGCGACUUACUACACUAUUUAAAGCACAGUUACAGAUAAUUCAACAAGGCUUAUUAUAAACUUACAGAAGCAAAUUACACUGAGUUGCCCCAAUCUCCCAUUCUGACUUCAAGGGAAGAUUGGUGUGGCCCCAACUGUGCCAUUCCUCCUCGGUUUCUGUAAAUCUGAGAGGGAUAGAACUUCUGUGCACUUUCUAAACAUACUUUAAUGUACAUAGAAACGUAGAAAAUAGGAGCAGGAGGAGGCCAUUUGGAACUUGGAGCCUGCUUCGCCAUUCUUUAUGACCAUGGCUGAUCGUCCAACUCAAUCAAGCCUAAUCCUGCUUUCUCCCUAUAACCUUUGAUCCCAUUCACUCUAAGUGCUUUAUCUAGUUGCUUCUUGAAUACGUUCAAUGUUUUGGCAUUAACUACUUCCAGUGGUAAUGAAUUCCACAGGCUCACCACUCUCUUAGCGAAGAAAUUGUAUUAAAGUAGUUAAAAUUUGUUUUGCAUAUGUUUUUCAACCAGAUACAAAUGCAUAAAAUGCGAAUCUACAGAGGAAAUAAUUAUUUUAUUUUCCAGCAGACUUUCACAUUUUAGUAAUUAGAAGAAAAUAACAAAAUGAGAUUAAAAAUAGAACAUUACAAUUUAAAAUAAGAUUUUUGUAUGGAUGUAAGUAACUCAAUUUGUAUUUCUUAUUAAGUAACACAAAAGCCAUGAAAGAUACAAACAGAGCUUUGAAAACAAAAUCUCUUGAUACACUGAAGAAAAUACUAGUUUGGCCACAAUUAUUGCCAGUAUUGAAAGAGUUAAUUGCUGAAAUAGGCUUAAGUUCUGCCACACCGUUUAGUCUUACAUUUUGUUUCAUAUAAUCAGAGUAGUUAAUCUCAUUUUUGGUGUUUAUUUAUUCUUACAUUUGUUGCAUUUAUUUAAAUGCCAUUGUUUGCUGCUUUAUCUAGUAUAUGAUAGUAGAGGUAUUUGAUCUUCAUUAGGCAUGCAGCAAUUCAACUAUAAAAAUUCUAGCUGCUGCUCACUAAAUAAGAGAGAAAAAUGUUUUAAUGAAGUAAGAUCAAUUUGAAGACAAUGGGACCGUUGGAAAUAUUGCAUAAAAGUGGAUGCAAGAAAGACAUUUAGCAAUUUCCACGUAACAAGGUUGUACUUUUAUUCUCGAUCAAAUGUCAGAAAAAUAUGAUUUUUUUCAUGAUUUUCAGCUGAACUUGCGGUGUUCAAUUAAAAGACCCUCCUGUGGAUAUAAAUCCCUAACUGUUGAAGACCACACAUGAUUAAUAGCCAAUAAUGGUAAGAUUCCAGCAGUUAAGUUAAGAAAGACGAUACGAAUCAGCAUCAUGGAGUCAACUCUUUGAGGGAAAUAAUCCCUCCUGGAGAGGUAACGAGGGGAGAAAUUGUGAGAAAGAAAGGAAUUAGAACAGAAAUUUUGGAGGAAUAGAGGUUGCAACCUAUUUGCAGGAUUGAAUUCUGACUAAAUUAUGAAUUGGAAUUGCUUUUCUAGGUAGACUAUGUGGUGGAUGUUUUCCUGCGUAUAUGCAUUAAUUUAGUAUUCUCUAUAGUUGUGCUUUGUCUCCUGGCUGCAGUCACUGUACAGAAUAUAAAUAAUUGCACCUGGGUAAAUAAAUAGAAAAUGUGGACUUUUUGUACUAUUCAUUGUACUAUUCAUGAAAUGCAAAGGCAAGAUUUUUUUUCUCUUGGAAAUGGUUGACAAAGCUGUUUGGAAAAAAAUGAAGUAA